AUGGAAGAGGAGGGCAUUCAGGAAGGAGGACCUAUCUCAGAAACAGCGGUAGACCCACUGAUCCCAGUCCUGCGCAUCAGCCAGCUGGAUGCUCUCGAGCUUGACUCAGCCUUGGAACAGUUGCUAUGGACCCAGUUCUCCCAUUGCUUCCAGAAUUUCCGCCCGGGCCUUCUCACCCCUCUGGAGCCGGAACUGAAGGCUUUACUCCAGCUGCUCCUGUGGAGGUUCACUCUGUAUCCUGACAGCACCACAGUCGGCCAGUCUUUACUAAGCCUGCGCUACCGCAACACCUUGUCCUCAUCGAACCGCUACGAGCCUUUGUCCCACAGGCAGAAGUUGGCGCUGGUUCUACUAACAAUAGUUCCUCGUUGGAUUCAAGAGCGAUCCCACAACCUUCAAAUGUUCUUUGGUUUGACUUCAGGGGCACCAGUUUCUGAAGGCUUCCAAAAGACCCUCUGUAACUGUAUGACUCUAAUUUUCGGUGUUUCCCGCCUUGCAAGCCUUGUCAACUUUCUUGUGUUUCUAAGGAAAGGUAACCACCCUGUUCUGGCGGAAAGGAUCAUCGGAGCCCAAGCGGUUUAUAGCAAGCCUAACGUGAGCAGGGACAUUACGUAUCAAUACAUGAAUCGUGAGCUACUGUGGCACGGCUUUGCAGAGUUCCUCAUUUUCCUGUUGCCACUGAUUAACAUGGGGAAACUGAAGGCUACCGUAUAUUCAAUGGUGUUUGGGGGAGACAAAAGCGAAGCGGACGUUGCACGGAAUAAAGAGGGAGCGUGGAAAAACUGCACGCUGUGUGGUGAUUGGCCCACCAUGCCUCAUACCCUUGGCUGUCCACAUAUUUUCUGCUACUACUGUAUUAAAAGUCAUAGCAUUGCAAAUAAUUGCAUCACCUGUCCCAAAUGUGGGGCAGAGGCAAGACAACUGGAGCCUGUCAAAAUCGAGGCAUUUGACAGACAUUAG